AUGGAGAAUCCACUCUUUAGUCCAACGGUGGAGUGGCCCAAUACAAACUCAUCUAUGUCAGCUCAUGGACCCACAGUAAGCCCUAGCGAUUGGGCUAUCCCAGAAUCCACUGCAACGCCUAUUUGCUUCCCACAAGCUCCUGAGGAGACAAAUGAAGAUGAUGAUGGAUGCAGUGAUAUAUCACCUGGUCAUAUGACACAUAGACAAAAUAUACCAUCUGGGCAAAGGCAUGCAUUGUUAACCCGUCGUAACAAUGUGUUUGAGCGCCUCAUCGGUCGGAACACGGGAAAAUCUAAUAAAGGUGAAGACCACGCGGAAGAUAAUACGCCCUUACCCGAAGCAACCGUGACCAACAACGAAAACACUAGACUACACAAUCAAAAUGUGUCAACUACAUCUAAACAACCAUUUUUUGAUGAUACAGACGAUGAUGAGGGUGAUAUAUUUGAAGACGAUGAGGAAGAGGAUGAGGGAUACUUGUUUGCUGGUCAAGAGGAAUCAGAUGACGAUGUCCAAAGUGAUACUACCGUGGAAGACAUGACUUCUAACCUUGAAGGACCUGACCCAGGUGAGCUUGGAUGGCAUAUGGAUAUCCCAAAGAAAGGUGUUACCAUGGAGGAUGUCAACACGGCUCGUGCCCUACGUAAGGCUCGUAGUGGUACUGAAGAAGAAGAAACAGACUCUCCGGGAAAUUUAUGUGUUUCUGUGCGUGACUACUACUGCUACAAGUUCCAGAUACGGCGAGGAAUAUUUAAUCCCAUACUUUAUGGCAAGCGUCUUUUCCAACAAUUUGCAGUGGACACGUACAUCAAAAUCGAGAGUUCUAGAUUGGAUUACAUACGCAAUCAUCAGACGGAGAUUAGGGCCGAUCUCUACCAAGGAUUGGUUAAUAGCCUGCAUGCUGGUGAGGGUAGAUCAGAAGCUGUUGGAAAGCGGACGGUGAUGCCUUCAUCAUUUAUCGGAGGCCCGAGGGACAUGAGGCGUAGAUACAUGGAUGCCAUGGCACUGGUGCGAAGGUUUGGGAAACCAGACAUCUUCCUAACUAUGACAUGCAAUCCAAAGUGGGAUGAGAUCACACGUGAGUUGUAUCUUGGACAAACACCACAAGAUCGUCCAGACCUUAUUGAUCGGGUCUUUAGGGCAAAACUGGAAGAGCUUAAACAUAGGUUGUUGAAAAAGGAUAUUCUUGGAAAGGGCAAAGAUUCAUAUCCAGUUUAUAGACGUCGUGACAAUGGUAGAAAAGAAAAAGUUCGCGGGCAUGAGCUUGACAAUAGAUGGGUCGUGCCUUACAACCCAUACCUCCUACGUUUGUUCAAUUGCCAUAUCAAUGUUGAGGCGUGUGGGAGCAUCAAGGCCGUGAAGUAUUUGUUCAAGUACAUUUACAAGGGUCAUGAUCGCGCGUCUGUGGCUGUGAGAGAGGCUGACAAGGAGGACAAUGAAGGAAACAUCGAUGAGAUCAAACAGUACAGGGAUGCUAGAUGGGUAACUCCACCAGAAGCCUUGUGGAGGAUAUAUGGUUUUGAUAUAAGUGAUAGGUCCCCUUCGGUGUUGUCCUUGCAGCUCCAUCUUCCUAACAUGCACAUGGUGUCAUUUCACCAGCGCGAGGGUGUUCGACGUGUACUUAAUCGUCCAGGUGUUGAAAGGUCUAUGCUUACAGCCUACUUUGAGAAGAAUAUCACAUCUGAACAUGCUCGUGGUAUAUUGUACCGGGAUUUUCCUGAGUACUAUAAGUGGGAUUCUCAAGGAAAACAAUGGAUUAGGAGGGCACGAAAGAAUCAUUUAAGACAAAUUGGAAGAGUUGUAUGUGCCAAUCCAGCUGAAGGGGAGCGUUACUAUCUUAGGGUGCUUUUGAACCAUGUGGUUGGUGCUACCUCAUUCAUUGAUCUAAGGACAGUGUCUGGUGAACUACUACCGACUUUCUGUGAAGCUGCAGAAAGAAGGGGCCUCAUCGAAGCGGACAACACACUUCACGAGGGUCUUGCUGAGGCUACUCUGUGGAUGAUGCCAUAUGCACUAAGAAGGCUCUUUGCAACAAUCUUAGUUUUCUGUGAGCCGAGUGAUGUAUUAGAACUCUGGGAAAAGCAUAAGGAAGCAAUGUCAGAGGACUACAGGCGCAAUAACCAAUCCAACUUUGCAGUGGAGCAGAUGGUCCUCAUAGAUAUUCGGAAGUUGUUAGAAUCAAUGCAGAAGGACAUAAAGAUGUACCCACUUCCUGAUAUCGAUGACACAUAUGAUCCAUCUGGCAAUAUUCCCAGGGAGAUUUUUGAGGAGGCUAGCGUUGAGGCAAGUAUUGAUGACAUGGCACUAUCAAAGACACUUAACGAGGAACAGCAAGCUGCCUACAAUGAGAUUAUGUCUGCUAUUGAUAGUAAUCAUAGGGGUUUGUUCUUUGUGGAUGGACCUGGUGGCACCGGGAAGACUUAUCUAUACAGGGCCCUACUUGCUACUAUUCGCAGUCAGAAUAAGAUUGUUGUGGCAACAGCAACAUCUGGUGUUGCUACAUCAAUAAUGCCUGGUGGUAGAACCGCCCACUCGCGCUUCAAGAUUCCCCUCACCCUUGAUGAUGGGGCCUUUUGCACCUUCACAAAACAGAGUGGUACCGCCAAGCUCCUUCAGAACGCAUCCCUUAUUAUUUGGGAUGAGGUGACGAUGAUGAAGAGGCAAGGUAUUGAGGCGCUAUAUAACAGCCUCCGUGAUGUCAUGGAACGUCCUAACCUGCCAUUUGGGGGGAAGACUGUGGUGUUUGGUGGAGAUUUUAGACAGGUUCUCCCAGUUGUUCGAAGAGGUUCUAGGGCACAGAUAGUUGGUGCCUCAUUACGUAUGUCGUACAUUUGGAAUUCCAUGCGACAUCUCAAAUUGGUGCGAAACAUGAGGGCAAAGAGCGAUCCAUGGUUUGCAGAAUACUUGCUACGCAUCGGGGGAGGAUCUGAGGAGACUAAUUGUAAUGGUGAAGUCCACCUUCCUGAUGAUAUAUGCAUUCCACAGACUGAGAAAGACAGUGACCUUGAUACGUUAAUUGACUGCAUAUUUCCUGCCCUCAAUGCCAAUAUGUCAAACAAGAGCUACAUCACCUCACGAGCAAUAUUAUCUUCGCGAAACGACUGGGUUGAUAUGAUUAACAUGAAGAUGAUAAGUCGUUUCCAAGGGAAUGAGAUGGUGUACCAUAGCUUUGACAGUGCAGUGGAUGAUCCACACAACUACUACCCAUCUGAGUUCCUCAACACUUUGACCCCCAAUGGUCUCCCUCCACAUGUGUUAAAGCUCAAGAUUGGGUGCCCGGUCAUAUUGCUAAGGAACAUCGACCCUGCGGGUGGACUUUGCAAUGGAACUAGGCUGGUGGUUCGAGGGUUCCAAAGAAAUAUUGUCGAUGCAGAAAUUAUGGUUGGAGACCAUGCCGGAAAGCGAAUCUUCCUACCACGGAUUCCGUUAUGUCCCUCGGAUGAUGAGAUGUUCCCAUUUCAGUUUAAAAGAAAGCAGUUUCCUAUUAGACUCAGUUUUGCCAUGACGAUUAACAAAGCACAAGGGCAGACUCUCCCCAAUGUUGGUGUGUAUUUGCCUGAACCAGUGUUCUCUCAUGGUCAGUUGUAUGUUGCGCUAUCUAGAGCCACUGCCAGAUCGAAUAUUAGGAUCCUUGCUGUUCCACCCAGUGAUAAGAAUGAUAAGAAACAAAAAAAUAAUGGUACAUUCACAAAAAAUAUUGUCUACAAAGAGGUCCUCACUCCAUGA